AUGCCAGCUCAAAUCUUAAAUGGUGUUCGUCCGUUUAAUUUUCCAUUUCAACCAGUUCUUCACUUUGAUCCAACAAAUAGAAACUAUCAUCAUCAUGUCGAUCAACAACCUCGCAUUCACCUUGAUCCAAUUAAUGGAUUCUCCUUCCAGAGUCUUUUGAAUGCUCCGAUGUGCAAUACCCAAACUCGUGAUGCAACCAAAGAACGAAAGAAGAGAGAAAAAGAUACUCAAAAUCCUACCAAUUCUCAAUCUUCGAUUGCAAAAAAGGAUUGGACAAAAGAAGAAGAGAUUGCAUUAACAAAAGCAUGGUUAUAUGUCUCGGAGGAUGCUGAAGUUGUGAGCAAGUUUCAUGCACAGUAUGAGCGUUUAGAAUGGCAUCCACAAAGUGGCUCGAAUACAGAUGAUCUGAGAAUAAAUGUUAUGGGGUCGCAUGAAGAUGUAGUUGGUGCUCCGUUUAAAUUUAUCCAUUGUUGGAAAAUUUUGAUUAAAAAUCCUAAAUGGUGUUCGAAAGAGCUUACAAAGACGGCGGCUACAGGAUGUAAACAAGGAGUUGAGCACAACAAAACAACAAUGGUCAAUCAACUAGAAGGCAACAUUAAUGAUUGUGAUGUUCUUUCUGAUUGUACCAAAGUUGAUGGCGUUGAGCGACCGCAAGGAAGAAAAGCCUGUAAAGAGAGGAAGAGAAAACUGAAUGAAGAAAAAAGUGUGGUUGAUGCAUUGAGCAAGUUGCAGUGCACAUUAGAGAAACAAUUGAAAGAGCAGAAGAGGCAAGAGCAAGACCACUUUAUGAACCAAGACUUAAGCAAGUUCUCCCCUACUCGUCGAGCUUAUUAUGAACUUAGAAAGGCUGAAAUCUUGAAAGAAUUGGAGGAUGAUGUCCUUGUAAAUUUAAUCUGGUAUGUUGAUACUCAUUCUUAA